AUGAUUCAGGUGGGCAGCUGCCCGGCUUCUGGAAGCUGUGCUAGAGGCGGGGCUCGGCGCCUGGGCCGGGACUCCCGGUUCUGGGUGCGGGGUGCGCGAGGGAGCGGGGCUGGCAGGAGAGGGCAGCGCCGGAUUUUUGCGCUGGGGCUCCGGGCUGUGAGUACAGAAACUCAGUAUUUCGGCAGGGGCACCCGGCUGACCGUGCUAGAGAACCUGGAAAAGGUCAAACCUCCCACGGUCACAGUGUUUGAACCAUCAGAAGCAGAGACCUCCCGCACCCAGAAGGCCACACUCGUGUGCCUGGCCACGGGCUUCUACCCCGACCACGUGGAGCUGAGCUGGUGGGUGAACGGGAAGGAGGUCCAGAAUGGGGUCAGCACAGACCCGCAGCCCUACAAGGAGCGGCCCAACGAGAAUGAGUCCAGCUACUGUCUGAGCAGCCGGCUGAGGGUGUCCUCUGCCUUCUGGCACAACCCUCGCAACCACUUCCGCUGCCAAGUCCAGUUCCACGGGCUCGGGGACGAUGACAAGUGGGAAAACACCAGCCGGGCCAAACCCAUCACCCAGAACAUCAGUGACGAGACCUGGGGCAGAGCAGACUGUGGCUUCACUUCGGUGUCCUAUCAGCAGGGCAUCCUGUCCGCCACCAUCCUCUAUGAGAUCCUGCUGGGGAAGGCCGCCCUGUACGCCGUGCUGGUCAGCGCCCUGGUGCUGAUGGCCAAGGUCAAGAGAAAGGUUUCCUGAGACCGGCUCUGAAAAUGCAUCCUGAGUUGCUCAUCAUCCUCACCCUAGAUUCUCCUUGACGUGCUUCCAGUCUGCGUUUCUAAAAGUUAUUCUCUCUCCACCUCUUAUCUCUUUCCUGAUGGGAUAUCUGUCCCUUCCCUAUGCUUUCCUGCAGACUGAGCUCCUCAACCCUGAAACUGAAAUAGACUUAAUAAAAGUGUCUUGCUGGGC